CUAAAGUCUGGAUUCAGGACAGAGGGACAGUAUUUUAGUUGCUGAUAUGUGAUGCUGACGCUGUGCUGCAUGAAGAAGUUUUCAUUUAUAAAUGUUGGACUUGUGCCCAGACUGCUAUGGUAGAAUCUGGAAGAAAACACAAUAAGGAGAAGAACGUCAGACCAAUUUUGCAGGAACAUAUGUGGGGGGGAAAAGGCUUUAACAAAAGACAUUUUUCAAACAGUGAAAGAACUAGACCAUGGACAAUAGUUAUGAAUCUUUAAAAAUCUAUCCUGCGUCAACCACUAUUAUCCAUGCAGAGUCAAAAGAAUGCUUUAUCUGUCGAGAAGGAGACGAGAUGGGUUGUGACGCUCUGCUGCACUUCUGUGACUGCAAAAACCUGAUUGCUCACCAGAAGUGUGUGCUAACCUGGAUACAAAAGAGUUCUGAUAAUCAAGAUAGAGCAAGAUGCAAAGUAUGUACAGCUGAGUACCAGCUACAGAAAGGAUCAGUGUGGAGAAUCCUGUUUUGUCACUGGCAGAAUUGGCUCUUCUUCUGCUUGGUCCUGGCAGUAAUGACUAUCAUUCCCCUUGCAGUCUAUCGAAUGAUGGUAGCUUUUAAGGACCCUCCACCCAGUGCUGUAUUCCAUGCAGCAGCUGUGUGCUUUGGAGUUCUCGCAGAGACUCUUCUGAUUAAAUACGUAUUGUAUUACUGCAGCAGCAAAUACAACGAGGCCAAGAUGUCUUCAUUUUCCGUCAGAGCGAGAACUGUAGAACAAUGUGAUCGAGGCGUUGGUCUUCUGUGGCCAGCCGGUCAGAACCCAUCAACAGCUGUGAUGAGCAGAGCAGAGAUGGGGAAACAGGAGGCAGUCAAAGCCAAAGAAGGUUUCGGCCUGAAGCUGUGUGUAUGA